CUCCACCCUGCAGAGGUGCUGGAGCUAGACAUAACCCAUAUCGGGAGGCUUGCCUCGAGGCUGGUCAAACUGUUUGGCCGUCAGCUAUAUACAGACGUGACGUUCCUGACGGCACUGGAUCUGCACAUUCUGGCCGACCGCUACGGCUUCCCCCACCUCAAAGACGGAAUCGAGUCCCACCUGUCAAAGAUCAUCACUCCUGAGAAUGUCUUUCUCUUUCACUCCCACGCCCAGAGCAGCUCUGCCCCCCUCCUCCAGGACAAGUGCGAAGUCUUCAUGGACCUCCACGCUGGAGAGGUCAUCGCAAGCACGGCUCUCCAGCAACUACCGAAAGAAAACCUCAAGAAACUGAUCGCUCGGGACACAUUCAUGGUGGAGGAGAUACAGAUCUUCGAGGCCGUGCGGAAGUGGAUGGAGACGAACGGUGUCAGGAAGGAGGGGGCUUCGGAGUUGCUGGAGUGUGUGCGACUGACUGAGAUGCCGCAGGCUGAGCAGCUCUGCCCCCCUCCUCCAGGACAAGUGCGAAGUCUUCAUGGACCUCCACGCUGGAGAGGUCAUCGCAAGCACGGCUCUCCAGCAACUACCGAAAGAAAACCUCAAGAAACUGAUCGCUCGGGACACAUUCAUGGUGGAGGAGAUACAGAUCUUCGAGGCCGUGCGGAAGUGGAUGGAGACGAACGGUGUCAGGAAGGAGGGGGCUUCGGAGUUGCUGGAGUGUGUGCGACUGACUGAGAUGCCGCAGGCUGAGCUGAAGGCAAAGGUGUUACCUACGGGGCUGUUUGCCCGGGCCAGGGUGCUGGCGGCCAUGGGGGAAGGAGAGCCUGUGGAGAUUGCCACUCGCGGGAGGACAAGUACAUCUGGUGACAAUAUCAACCUGUUUGAGGGGGGAGACCCCAGACUAACGACGUGCUACAACUACAUCCUGGAUCUCCUUCCGGGCAGAUCUGAGGAGUCCGCCACCAUCUGCGACUACUCCUUCUCCCUCACGUUCUCUGCCAACGUUGACCCCGCCCACCUCACGGUGCGGUUCGACAACGUGUACCUUGUGAACCAGAUCAUGUUCGACGGGUAUCUUCCCGAUGUUUGCAAGUCUCCUGGGGAUGCUGACCGCGACAACAGCCCCUUCUGCUACAAGAUGUGGGUGUCUCGGGAUGGGGACCUGUGGACCAUGGUCCUGGACUACUCUCGCCUCAAGUGCUUCUCUGUCCAAAGGCUCUUCUUCCCAAAGAUGGCCAUCAGGUACGUGAGGAUUCUGCAGAGCAAGGGGAAAGAGAACUUCAAGAUCCAUCUACAGAGCUGCUCCUAUGUUGGUCCAGUUCCAUACAACUUCAGAGAUAACGGAGUCAUCGCUCCAUUCAUACCCAUGACUCCGGACUAUCGCCAGCACCUCAAGUUCUCAGAGAAUCGGUGCACAGCAAGGCUCAUGAUCACAUUCACCCAGCCGUACUCUAUCAAUUCCAUCAGGGUGGAGCUGGAGGGAGUGGAGGGUAAGGCAGACGUGUCAGUCAGCGUGGCCACAGAGAACAGGAACAAGGCCUACAGCGAGAUCGCCCUCCUGAAAACGGCAGACCUCGCGAGUUCACUGUCGGCUGAGUUCAGUGAGAGACCAGUGAGCAUUGUUAGCCUCACCGUCUCCUUACUAAGACCUCCCAACCAGGACCUUCCACUACCCAAGAAACAAGAUUCCGGAAUUUUACUCAAGACACUUCGUUUGUCAAUGCACAGAGCUGUAGCUCGCUAAACCCCUCCUGAACACUAUUGGUCACUGAAUCGCAGUCCAUUCACAGGCAAUUAACCACAAUCACUCACAGGUACAAUGUAGCUACACCUAACCUCCAGCAAUCACUUGUGAUUUUACGAUUUUCAGACGAAUGAUAAAAGAUCAUAUACACCUACCUACCAACUUUUAGAAGCAAAUUCGAGCAUCAGCGUUUGCAGGCAAUACCUAUUCCGUCUGAGACACUGAGAAGAACGUAGUCCACGCGCGGGUCGGUCCUCAUCCUGUCGUUGACGGCACGGAUGCUGUUCGUGUGGACGUCCUGGACCUGCGGGUCUGCAACCCACCCGCUCCACAGGGCGUUAUCCACUACCAUGAGCCCGCCCGGCCGCAGCAGCUCCAUAGCCAUCUCGUAGUACUUUAGAUAGUUGACCUUGUCGGCGUCUAUGAACAUGAGAUCAAACGUACCCGCCUCCCCGCCGUCUAGCAAUUCUUGGAGCGACUCCGUGGCCGGUUUGAUGCGGAGGUCGAUCUUGUCCGCUACCUGACUGAUGAUAUACGGAAGCUUGUGUAUUCCUUACUGCUCGACAUUGAAAGGCUAAGCUAAAACGAGCCUGAAAGGAGCCAAGGAAUACAGCCCUUCACUAACCACUCUGCCGAUGCUAAAGGCCACUAGGCCUUUUGAGUGCUGAAAUCCACUCACACUGCCUGGACAAUAGGCCUGCAUAAUAUAGGUUAUACGUGCAGUGUGAAUCCACCUGUGAGUGAUGGCAUUGUGGGGCAGUCAUCUGUUUGUGUAUGAAUUGAGACUUGAUGGGCCUUCAACCUCCUCGUGGUGUCACUUGAGAGAAAGUUGUAAACAUUUGUGUUUGCGACUUUCUGCUAAACAUUACAUGUGUGAUUGUAAUAACAAUAGUUUCCUAAUUGUCCUUGGUUUCCCUGAUUAGCGUCCUCCUUCCAGUGAUAACCUUGUACUUGAGACUGGAAUACUGGAGAGUGUGGGACUGCUCCACUCAGGAGGGGAAAACUGUUCCCACAGCUUGCAGCUGGACUCCAUGACAAAACAGAUGUGUGUAAAGGUUUUUCGGGUGUCGGGGGUGAUUGUUAACCACUGCUGCGUUCAGCUGUUAGACCCGUUCUGGAUUGGUUUAUCAGCUCCAGACUGUCCUACUGGUGAACUCUGUGCCUGGCG